CACCGUAAUAUAGUUCUGUAACUCCAGUCUUCCACUAGUAGCAUAAGCCUAAUUACAUUUAUUUCUAGACUUAAUCGGUUUCUUUUUUGCGUUGUUUCUUUUGGUUUGUUUUGGCAGCGUUGUUGACAACCAUCUUAACAUCGUUUCCACUGUUUUACGGUAGAUCGCCUGUCCAGGAGACAGUAGUGGCCGCAAUUAUCGGUAGUCAAUAUGGACUAACAUCAAUACACAUGCAUUAUUAUCAUCGUCUUAGAUAGAGUUUACUGCUUUGUGGAAACAUGGCCGAGCUGUUGUGACCUUCCAGACUCAGUACCUUUUCUUACGGUUUUCUAGCUCCGUCGGGCUUUCAUCAUGAAUAUCGGGUGUAACUUACUUUUAGACUGCUUUUACUUAUCGAUAAUACUAACGUGGACGGAUUCGCAAAGUAAUCCGAAAAAAAGAUACAUCGGUUUUGAUCUUCCUCGCAUCCGCACACAGAAUGGACAGUUAUAUAUUGAAGCGGGAAGCUCAGGAAAUGGCAGCAUAUCGCUUAAGGCUUCGUCCGUAAAAUUAGGCGAAGAUGACCUAAUAACCUUUAUUGAUGCGGCUAAAAAAAUUCCCGCUAUGUCUGGUCAGAUAGACAGUAUUCUGAAUCAGAUGGGAAUAACCGGAAGUGACACAACUGAAAAUACUACACGGAACACCGCUGGAUCAACGCAGGAGGUUAUCAGCGGCCGCAAGUUAAGAAAUUUGCAGCGAAAAAUUAGGACACUGGAGCAGAAACAGCAAGAAAUGCUGACGCUUCUCAACAAAGACGAAUGCCUAUCUUCCCCGUGUAAAAAUGGAGCAACCUGCAUUGAUAAAUACAACGGCUUUACAUGUCUCUGUGACCAUGGAUGGGAGGGUGUCCUUUGUGCCGAUGAUGUCGAUGAAUGCGUAUUAUUCGACGGAACAGAUCUCGGUUGUCAGAACGGAGGGACUUGCAUUAACACUGAUGGAUCGUUUAACUGCUCGUGUCCGCCAGCAUGGCACGGACUGCACUGCACUGCAAAAAGGGACGACUGCUCUGCCGCAGCCAAUUCCGAACUGUGCGGUGCGGGUACCUGCAUCUCCGCUGCUCGGACGGAUCGCGAUGCUCCCAGCUAUUCCUGCAUUUGCGAUCCCGGCUGGACAAAGGGCAACUGGUCCAAUGCACCCUGCACCAUCGACAUUAACGAGUGCGCUAGCGCCCACAUUCCCUGUUCACAGGAUCCCCCGGUUCCCUGUGUCAAUACACCCGGCAGUUUUCACUGUGGCCCGUGUCCCACUGGAUACCGAGGCAAUGGUAUUACAUGUACCGACGUUAACGAAUGCCUGGUGGAUAAUGGUGGAUGCUCCACGGAUCCGUUGGUCACCUGUAUCAACACCGUCGGCUCUUUUUAUUGUGGCGUGUGUCCCAUUGGAUAUCAGGGUGACGGUGUCACUUGUACGCCGUACGGUAGCACAUGCGCCACCAAUAACGGCGGUUGUCAUCCGAACGCUGUUUGCACAUUGAGUCUUUGGGGUUAUCCUUCGUGUCGGUGUAAACCGGGUUAUACUGGAACGGGAGUUGGUGCCUCUGGAUGCCGACCGGCAACGAGCAGCAAUCCGUGUGACAGCUCACCCUGCCAGAAUGGUGGGUACUGCAUGCGUCAAGGCUCUUCUUACGCUUGCCUUUGCGUGGCUCCGUGGAAUGGAACAAACUGUGAUAACUACAUGCAAGCUUGUGGUGGUAAUUUGACGGGUCCGAGUGGACGGUUCAGUAGCCCGUCGGAACUCGCUGUUCCGCACGCAGCCGGUGAUGAAACAUAUCGACACAACAGCAACUGCACAUGGACCAUCACGGUCGAACCCAAUGAAGUGGUUUGGCUGAAGUUCCUGACCUUUCAGUUGGAACAUCAGGCUAACUGCAACUACGAUUACGUCGAGGUUAGAGAUCCGGCGGCUGUUGGCAAUAAAAAUGGGACUCUGGCUCGACUCUGUGGAAAAGACGUACCUUCGGCUUUUACGUCACUAUCCAACAGGCUCGUGGUCAGUUUUGUUUCCGAUAACAGCGUUGCAUUUGGAGGUUUCAUUGCCAUUUACACUGCUAUUGAAGAAUCGAAAGUGUGUGGAGGUGAAUUAAGACAGGCAAGUGGAACAAUUAAAUCUCCUGGAUAUCCGGAGGACUAUCCGACAUUUAGCUCAUGCGUUUGGACGAUAACUGCUCAAGACGGAAAUCAGAUUGUUAUGAACAUCACCGAUCUGGACCUGGAAAAACACGAAGACUGUCAUGCGGAUUAUUUGGAAAUUCGUAAUGGCGGUUCAGAAAAUUCCCCGCUUUUUGGACGAUACUGCGGAAAAACGGGACCUAUAAUAAUCAAAUCCCACACCAACAAAAUGUUUAUUCGAUUUAUAUCCGAUCGCUUCCGAAACGCAAAGGGCUUUAAAGCCAGUUACUAUUCCACUCCGACCGGAUGCAACGGGAUUAUGCGGGCUCCAUUUGGCGCUAUCACAUCGCCCAAUUAUCCAUCUCCAUAUUAUCACAACAGCGAAUGCUACUGGCAAAUUCAUGCCGCCGCCGGAAGUUCGAUCCAAGCAACCGUUGUGGACUUUGACUUGGAAAACUCGGUCAACUGCAAAUAUGAUUAUCUGGCUUUCUUUGAUGGACCGUCGAGCACAAGCAAACCUUUGGAUAAGUUAUGCGGCACCGCAAUUCCACAAAAACAAGUUAUCAGCACUUACAACGAAAUGUAUAUUAAAUUUCGCACAGAUUUGUCUUCACAUGGACGAGGAUUUCAUCUGACUUAUCAGGCCGUUUGUCAAAAGCGAGUACUCAAACAGCGCUCGGGUGUAAUCGAGAGUCCUGGUUACCCGGAUCGUUAUCCGCCCGAUGCGCGAUGUGACUAUAGAAUUGAAGUGCCUCGCGGCAACAAGAUCAACGUGACCUUUUCUCACUUUGGAAUCGUUGGUGUCGGCAAUUGCUCCACUGAUUACCUUGCGAUCUACGAUAGUGGUGAAGAUCGUAAUCCCGUUGGGCGUUACUGCGGCAAUUCGCCUCCAAAACCGUUCCAGUCCAGUAGCAACAUACUGUAUGUAAAAUUCAACAGCGACUCGACAGGAAGUGGACCCGGCUUCCGCCUAGAAUGGGUAACACACGGCUGUGGCGGCGAUAUAAAUGUUGACCGCCGGGAUUCAUUGCAAAACUUUAUCACAUCUCCUAAAUAUCCGGGAAAUUAUCCACCAAGUACAACUUGUGAAUGGCGGUUAAUGAGCACAGAAUACGGUUAUGGUAUCAUGCUUAAUAUUACCCACAUCGAUUUGGAAUCCCAUUCAAACUGCCGCUGGGAUAAGCUUGAGAUAUUUAACGGGCCGGACGAUAAGUCACCACAAGUUUCGUCGGUUUGCCAUUCGCAAAACGGCAGCCAAACACUGACCUCUUCCAGUCCAUAUUUGUUUGUCCGCUUCCAGAGCGAUCAGAGCAAGUCCGGCAUGGGCUUCAAAGCCUAUUAUUCACUAGUCAAAUCCGAUUGCGGUGGCAAUUUCUCCACUCCCAAAGGCAUGAUCGAAUCCGUAAACUAUGGAUCGGUCUAUCCCAAAAAUCUCAACUGUGGUUGGCUGAUAACGGUCGCUGAGCAGCAUGUUGUUGAGUUGAACGUCACAGAUCUGGAUGUGGAUGUUGUAGCCGGUGACCUUUCUAAUACUGACUGCGGUGACGGCACUUCCUCACGGGAAUAUUUGGCGGCUUAUGAUGGGGAAGGACUUAGUGCCCCGUUGUUAUUUAGACGAUGUGGUGAAAUGAAGAACAAAACUUUUAAAAGCAGUUCCAACAAGCUGUUCCUGCAGUUUAUUUCCAAUGAAGUGCAAGAUCCGAAUAAACGCGGAUUCCGUGUUAAUUACGCUACCGGAUGCGGUGCCGUCCUUGAGGCUACAAGCGCACAGGCGGAAUUUGUUUCGCCCAACUUCCCAAGCCGAUAUUCAAAGAACUCCAACUGCUCGUACAUUAUCAAAACCAACACACCUGGAACGAGAGUUACGCUGCAGUUUACCUUUAUGGACAUAGAAGAAAGAGGAUCGUGUACUCACGAUUACCUGGAGAUUCGAAACGGAGAUAGUAUUAGUGCUCCACUAAUUGGAAAAUACUGCGGCCGAAAGAUUCCGCCCCCGAUCAUGUCCACUGGAAAUGCCCUGCAUUUCCGCUUUGUAACUGACGACUGGAAAGAGGAAGCGGGAUGGAGAGCACUGUACUCGAAUUCCUAUACAGCGUGUGGAGGUGAAAUGUCGGCCUUAGAGGGCUUCUUCACUUCUCCGCGUUAUCCUGAUAACUAUCCUACCCGCGUGGAAUGCAUCUGGACAAUCCGGGCGUCGCCGGGCAAUACCGUUGAUUUGAACUUUCUCAACUUUAUCGUGGGCGAUAACGAUGAUGAUCCACACUGUAAUAUCGACUAUGUGGAGAUUCGCGAAGGCAGCAGCAGUGGUCCUGUCUUGGGACGGUACUGUGGCGAUGAGGUGCCGACUAACCACACCAGUGGCAUCGAAGUCUUGUGGAUAAUGCUGCGCGUGUCCGGUGAUCAAGAAACACACAGCGGAUUUUCGGCGGAGUACCGAUUACGUCACGGAGGAGAAAUCUUUGGAAAAUCUUCUGGACAAAUUGCUUCGCCCUUGUAUCCGAUGAAUUAUCCCCAUAACUCUACGUUCACAUGGCGUGUUACUUCGCCAAGCGGUACCACAAUUCGUGUUCGAUUUGUCAAAAUGGAUAUGGAGGACCGCCGAUGUUAUUUUGAUUAUUUGGCGCUUUAUAACGGUCCUACCACGUUGGCUCCCAUUAUCGGCAAAUACUGCGGUUUUGAAUUACCAGAACCGAUUCAAACCGCCAGCAACCAGUUAUUUAUUUUCAUGCACACCGAUCGCUACGGAGGGAACGGGCAGGGCUUUUUACUGGAGUGGGAAUCGGUUUCGGCAUUUGGGAAGGAUGAUACAGCUUCUUCCGGCUCCGCAAAGAUCCACACUAUGGAUUUGACAGCCAAUCGGAAACCGCAGCGUCUGGUGGCGCCAGGUUAUCCUUUAGGACUGCUGCCCAAUCAGACCUACGUCUGGAAAAUCCGUGCUGAUGACACUUCACACGUGGUGCUGAACAUUAAUGACAUUAGCCUCGGCGGAUCCAACAGUACACAGUGUGACACCAAACCUAGACUGCAGUUUUCCGAAGGCACAACAUACCGGCGUGCUUACAUUAACAUGUGCGGUAGUUAUGCACCGCAGCCGCUGCGUUCGACAACAAACAAUCCACGCUUAAGCCUGGAAACGGGAGCAAUGCCUUUCAACGCCACCGGCUUUAACCUUACUUAUCAUUCGGCUUGUGGCGCCAGUAUAUUUUCCAGUGUUGGUCAGAUUCAAAGCGACGAUUAUCCGCUGCUGAUCACGUCGACAGACACCACGGAGAAUUUAUGCAUCUGGAAUAUAACAACCGAUUUCGGAGCGACAUUUAACAUCACCUUUGAUGAUUUGGACCUUACCCAAUCGCCCAACUGCCGAAAUCAUUUUGUGCAGUUGAGAAAUGGAUUUGGUGCCGAUUCACCGCUACUUGGCCAAAGUCCCUACUGUGGUUCCAGCAUUCCUCCCCCGUUGCAGACGCGCAGUAAUCGUUUUGAGCUGCGCUACUACAAAGCGGCAAGUGUCGCCGGAAGUCAGUUUAGGGGCUUCUCGCUGCGAUAUCGUGUUAUGAGAAUGGCUUGCGGUGGUGAACUGAAGUUGACCGAUUUUAUUCGUUCGGGGACCUUUGCAACACCAAAUUACCCUGAAAAUUAUCCAACCAAUACAGAGUGCGAGUGGACUAUUGUUGCUCCGGGAGGCGAAAGAGUUCGAUUGGAUUUCGUGGACAAGUUCGAACUCGAGCGGCAAAAUAAUAACGCGUGCCCAUGGGACUAUGUUGAGGUCCGCGAUGGAGCCACGCCAGAUGCCACGCUGUUAGGAAGUUAUUGCGGAGUUAAUCGUCCCGGUAGCUUGCGAUCCCGCAGUAAUGUUAUGUACGUGAAAUUCCGCAGCGACCGUGGAUUAGUGCAUACCGGCUUCCGAGCAAAUUUUUCCAUUGAUUCUUGUGGUGGAACAGUCGUUGAUCAGUUUGGCAGUGUGAACAGUCCCAACUAUCCACAAUCGUACGGGUUAUCCAAUAAAUUCGACUGCGAAUGGUAUAUUCAGGUUCCAGAUGGACACUUCAUCAAUUUUGAAUUAAAAGAAUUCGCUUUACCGCCGGUUCUUCCGAGCGUUGGAUCUAACUGCAGCACAAGUAGCAGCGUAGUCGAAGUCCGGGAACAAAACAGGACUUCCGGCCUUCCAGGAAAAGUGAUCAAAAGCCUUUGUGGAUCGCAGCUCAGCGGCCUGACCUUUGCAUCUGCCGACUCGCAAGCCUACAUCCAAUUCAAAUCGGGUCCCAGUCCGGUUCCGUUGCUCACCACGGACGUAUCAUAUAAGUUUAGGAUUGCAUUCAGUGCUGGCAGCGAAGUUUGUGGUGGAACGCUUUCCACAGGCAGCGGGAUCAUCACUUCACCCGGCUUUCCCAAUGCCUAUCCGAACAACAGGCUAUGCGUUUGGAAAAUCGAGGCACUCCCUGGCCGGCGCGUUCUUUUAGAGAUUUUGGAAUUCGAUGUGGAAGGUUAUGGAUUCUGCCAAAGCGAUUACGUUGAGGUACUCAACGGAGGUUUGGCCGAUUCACCCCGACUGGAGCGCUUAUGUGGCAGCAAAUGGACAGUGCCCGACAAAAUCAGCUCCAGCAUGAAUCUCAUGACUAUCAAGUUCCAAACCGAUGGCUCGAAAUCCAACAGGGGCUUUAAACUGCGAUAUUCGACGUUUCAACCUGCUACGUGUGGCGGCGUGCUGGAGUCCACCAGCGGAGUCAUCACCAGUCCCGGCUUCGAUUGGAAGAAUGCUUCCGCAACUUACCGGGCCAACGAAGAGUGCAUCUGGGUCAUCAACAACCCGAAAGACGCUCGCCAGUCGACCAUCAAUCUGCAGUUUACCCACUUUGAACUGGAGAACACCAGUCCGGCCCUGAUGCCGGACAACUGUCGCAGUGAUUUCGUGGAAAUUCGUUCGGGCAGCACCGCCAUGGAUCCCAUUGUGCAGACGCUGUGUGGCACAUUAGACAGUCUAAAAGGCGGUAAUUUAAUUAUGCCGGGUGCGCAGAUUUGGCUGCGGUUCCGCACAGAUUACUCCCACCAGUUGCGAGGCUUCCGGUUGGUGUAUAAUAUUACAGAAUGCGGAGGAGUACUGGAUACGGUCAGCGGACUCGUUCAAAGCCCAAAUUAUCCUUUAAAUUAUCCCAAUAAUAUGUCGUGCGCUUGGCUCAUCCAGUCGUCAGAAAUGACCGGCGCUCAAGUACAGCUGACCUUCCGCGAUAUUAAAUUGGAAGAAAGCACUAACUGCUCCAAGGAUUCUCUGGAAAUCCUCAAUGGCCGAUUCCAUACGUCACCUCGCAUAAAUGAUUUAAUCUGUGGCACUCCAGCUAUUCCGGCAAUUCGAUCACAGGGAUCGGCGUUAUUUCUGCGAUUUCGAAGUGACGAUAGUGGGACGGAUCGGGGCUUUCAAGCUUCCUUUAUUACGGUUUCCAAAGGAUGCGGCGGAACAUUCCACGGAAAUACGGGUCGGAUUGCAACGCCCGGGUACGAUGAGCUUCCGCAAGUGGACUACCCAACCAAUACUGAGUGUAUUUGGUUUAUUAUUGUGGAUGUCGGCUACCACAUUAACUUUACCUUCCAAGGCCGUUUCGACAUUGAAAAAUCAACAAACUGUUCGAAAGACUACGUGGAAAUCAGUGAUUUGGCCGCACCCAACGACUGGACGUCUCUUUCGACAUCCUGCGGCAUCGUGACUCCGAAUGUUACGCUGUCCUCAUCCAAUCAGAUCCGCGUGAAAUUCCAUUCGGAUAAUGAAAUUACCGCUAAGGGUUUCAGUGCCGCGUGGACCAUUGGCUGCGGCGGAAAGUUCACCGACCCAGAAGGCGUCAUCGUGUCGCCGGGUUUCCCCGGUAAGCCCAACAAUAAUCUGGACUGCCGCUACGAAAUCACCGCUCCACCCGACCGGCCGUAUAUUAAACUGGAAUUCGAUCCCAACCACUUCGACAUCGAAGGCAGCCGGCGUUUACUGAUUAAGGACACCAACCGGGCUUUCGGGACACUGUACACCGAAGUGUUGUGCCAAGAUUGGCUGAUUGUGUACGGUGAAAGUGCAAAUAAUGAGAGCGAGGCCAUUAGUCCGGGGCCGCGUGUCUGCGGGGGCGGAGGGUUGUACGGAGCGGGAGGCGAGCCACCGCAGCCGAUCAUCUCCAAACGCAAAAUGAUAAUCGAUUUCCAUACGGAUUUUGCUCUGGCUGGCAAUGGUUUCAGGCUGAUGUACUCCACUUCGGAUGCGGAAACUCUUAAUAUGGCUCCCACCGCCUUUCCUGUUACUGUUUCUCCGCAGCGACUGCGUUUUGCCGGUGGAGUUGGAUAAAGUAACGAAAUUCAUGUUAUUUUUUAACUUUUAGUUUGGAUUUAGGUGUUGUUGAUUUUAAUUUUUUAUUGUAAAACUUGGUUAACAAACGUGCUUCGAUGGAUUGUAUUAAAGCAGUUGUAUCAGAAAAUCACGAUUAUCGUCGCGUUUAAUGACAAUUA